AUGGAAGAUGAGAUGGAGAAAUUGUGGUUGCCCUUUAAACUAUCAGAGGAGGAACAAUCAGAUCUACAAAUUACUAAUAAUGAUUAUGGAAUUCUAAACAAGAAGCCGCUGACGAAAAGAUCCUUCAAUAAGGCGGUCUUUAAGAGCACAAUGAAAUUGGAUUGGAACUCUCUGAGCACAAUAGUCCAAGACUUGGCUGAUAACUUGUUCUUAAUUCAGUUUACUAAUAUGCUGUACAAGAGAAAAGUGCUUGAAAGGAUGCCAUGGUCAUUUGAUAAUCAUCUUGUGCUAUUAAUGGAAUAUGAUGGCAAUAUACAAGCGUCAAAGGUGCAAAUCAGUCGAUGCCCAUUCUGGAUUCAAGUCUAUAGUUUGCCUCUUAACAGAAAGUUUCUGCGUAUCAAAGUAGAGUUGGAUGUGUCAAAAGCUCUCAUUAGGAGCAUGAAUGUCAAAGGAAUGGAUGUGAGACUAAGUUCACAUGACUUCUCCAACCGUAGACUUUCGCAAUUCGGUAAUUGGUUGAGAGCCAAUGGAGAGAAAUUCAAGAAAGGUCCCUUGAUUCAUAAAACCAAUCCAGGAGUUAGCAACGUAGAUAAAACGAUCGGAGUUGAAAGCAUAUCACCGGCAAUGACUUCCUCCUCUCCUCUAGAGAAGGUGGUUAAUGAGCCACUAAUUGAGGGCAUGAUAAGGAUUACUCCCAGGAAUCUAAGCGAUUUCAAAGGCCAAGAUUCAGGGGUAAAUACAAAACUGAUAGGCGGUCAAUUAGGCAUUCAAUUGGUUUCCUUGGAUGAUACUCCAAUGGAUAUAUCUGUUGGAAAAAUUCAAACUGAAGCGGUAAGAGAAGAAGAUGCAUUGUUAGAUUUCAACAAUAAUGAUAUUGCUGCUAGUCUGAAUAUAUGUACAAAGAGUAUCUAUGGAAAAGUUAUGGCUAUCAAAAUGGAGAUUAAGGAUAUGUGGAAGAAUCAAGUUCUAGCCAAUUUAUCUUUUGAUUCAACCUUCUUUUGGGAUCAAGUAGAUGGAUUGUCAAGGGAGCUCUAUACUAUAGAGAUCACUUUAAAAAUUGCAAAUAACUUUGAUAAGAGUGAAGUGGUGGAGAUCAAGGAAAUCAUUGGAGAAGAGAUGGUUUUUGUGUCCCUCCCAACUGUUCGAUAUGUGGAUCAUCAUGGUAGUUAUCUAGAUGACCUUAAUCUCAGGAAUUUUAAAGUGAAAAGUAAAGAUAUAGUUCAAGCUGUAAGGCAACCGGUGGAAGUGGAGUCCUCAAUAAUGAGCCAAAAUCUUUUAUCUCAGCCCAACAAGAGAUUGGAUCCAAAUGAGUUAGUACCUACCAUUAGGCUUGAUGUGGCAACUGUUGAGCCCUUCUUAACAGACCAAAAUCUUUUUCCUAAGCCUGCCAAGGACGAUAUGAAGCUAAUUGAGGUAGGUCUUGACUUGGAUGGAGUUUCUAAUUUCAAUUUGGGUCUUACCCAACCCAUUGACGUGAAUAUUAUUAAAGCAAAGAAUGCAAAGGAAGGUAAAGGUAAGAAGGCUUCCUCUCUUAAUCCAACGGGCUCCCUAAACCUAAAUCAAACCAAGCCAUCAAUGCAGUGCUCUAAAAAACUUAAGAGGAGGAAGAAAGGUAAAUGGGUUAUAGGAGCAUCGACAUUGACCAAGGAGGAGAAUUGGGAGAUCUAA